UUGGGAGGGAAAAUUGCUGUCCAAUUAGAGGUAAGACGAGGAGACGAUAAAGAGGAAAUAACAUUUACACGCCUUCUUCGUCUUGAUAGUUGUUUUAGUAACAUAAAACAGCAGCACUGGCAUUUUACGAAGCCUAAAACGACAGUUAUCUAUGUAUCUAUGGUAGCUUAGCUGUUACUAACUUGGAUUAUCCUGCGUGGACUGUGACAACUCAGCAUAAGUAAAUCUCAGGAUGGCUCAGUGGGACAGACUGAGGCAGCUCUCUCCUGCUUACUGGCACAGGCUACAUGAGCUCUACGACAGGGAUGGGUUGCCUAUGGAUGUUCGCCACUACCUGUCGGUUUGGAUUGAGAAGCAGGAGUGGCAACGAGCAGCAAGGGACUAUGGUCUUGCCAUGGUGUUGUACCAGGUCCUGCUGGAGAAUCUGGAUAUCCAACACAGCCGCUUUGUUCAGGAGGAGUCAUUCUUACAGCAGCACAACAUCAGACGCCAUAAACAGACCUUCCAGAGGUAUCAGGAUGAGCCAUGUGCUUUGGCAAGCACAAUCCUGUGGUUUUUGGAAAAAGAGAAGGAAAUCCUGGACCGUGCUGACCUGGAUGAACAGGUGCAGCUUUUGCACGUUGGCCAGGAAGCCAUGGAGACGACCUGUCACCAGGAGCUUGAACGUAAAAUGGCCGGACUGAGGAAUGAUGUGCAGUGUUUGGAACAUGCAAUUGUUUGCCUGGAGGAACAGCAAGAUGAGUUUGAUUUUAAAUAUCAAACCCACAAGAUGGAAGCUGUGGCAGACGAGGCACAGAAGAAUGAACGGAUAAAAAUGUUUCAGUUACUAAUCAACAGACUGAAUGAAUGUAGGAAGAGCACUCUGGGAGACUUAACCAAGCUUCUGGACCGGGCUGAACAUUUGAUCAGCCUGUUGGUGGGGAAGGAGCUGGUGGACUGGCAGAGGAGGCAGCAGAAAUCCUGUAUUGGUGCUCCAGACAAUGUUUGCCUGGAUCAGCUGGAAAAGUGGUUUACCUGUGUGGCAGUGUGUCUGUUCCAGGUGCAGGAGUUUUUCAAUAAGCUUGAGGAGCUAGUAGGAAAAAUGUCCUAUGAAAAUGACCCUGUUAAGGCCCAGAAACCUGCAUUACAGAAGAGAGCAGAUGCUCUUCUUAAAGACUUACUCAAGAGUUCAUUUGUGGUUGAGACUCAGCCAUCCAUGCCUCAGGGAAAAGGUCCUCUGGUUCUGCGUACAAAUGUCCAGUUCUCUGUUAAGACAAGGCUUCUGGUUAAGUUUCCUGAACUGAACCACUCCAUGAAAGUGAACGUAUCCAUGUCCAGGGAGGCUCCUCAGAUCAAAGGAUAUCGGCGCUUUAAUGUCCUGGGAACUGCAAGUAAAGAUCUGAACAUGGCUGAGAGCCACAGCGGAGGCAUGGUUGCAGAUUUCAGACAUCUGAGUCUGAGGGAGCAGAAAUCUGGAGGAAGUGGAAAAGGAAUCAGCGAUAUUUCUCUGAGUGUUACAGAGGAGCUGCACAUCAUCUGCUUCAACACUGUGUUUGAGCUGAAGGGCUUUUCAGUAGAGCUCCAGGCCUCCUCCCUUCCUGUGGUCAUUAUCUCAAACUCCAGCCAGCAGCAAAGUGCCUGGGCAUCUAUCCUCUGGUUCAACAUGCUUAGCCUGGAUCCAAAGGAUGUUAUGUUUUUCGCCAACGUUCCUGCAGCUCCUUGGCCACAGUUUGGAGAGAUGUUGAGCUGGCAGUUUCUCUCUGCCACAAAACGUGGUCUGGAUGAUGAUCAGCGCAACAUGAUUGCAAACAAACUAUUCGGGAAGCAGCAGAACUAUGACAACUGUAAAGUGACGUGGUCAAAAUUUACAAAGGAAAAUGGUCAAGACACUUUCUGGUUGUGGUUUGAUGGCAUCUUAGUGAUGGUGAAAUCCUACCUGGAGAACAUCUGGAGGGAAGGUCUCAUCAUGGGUUUUGUGAGCAAAGGUAAAGAAAAGUUCCUGCUGAGGAAGAAGAAGAGGGGCACGUUCUUGUUGCGCUUCAGUGAAAGUGUGGUCGGAGGAAUCACCUUUUCCUGGGUGGAAAUAGACUCAAACGGUGAGCCUGAUAUAAAAACGGUCCAGCCCUUCACCAAAGUUGACCUCUGCCAGAUCCCGUUCCAUGAAAUCAUCAGGAAUUUCCAGAUCUUAGAAGCCGAAAACAUCCCGGAAAAUCCUCUACUUUUCCUGUAUCCAGACACCCCAAAAGACGAGGCUUUUGGAAAGUGGUACACUGAGAAAAGUGGAGACGACAAUCCUUACAUGAAGUACAUCAAAACCAUGCUGGUGUUUGUGUCUAAAGAGAACACACUGGAGGCUAGGUCUCCCAUGUCCUGUGACAUGACACAGGGUGAAGGUCUGGAGCCAAUGAAUGGCCCGUGUGGAGAGGCAGCUGAACAAGAGGAUGAGUCUCAUCUUCUGCAGUCACAACUGGAUUCCUUUCAAGAUCCCAUGCUGAGCAGCUCUCUUGGACCCUAUGAUGAAGACUUCCUGUUGUACUUUGAAAAUCCCAGCAUAACUAACUCUGACUUUAUGCAGCCUGACUCAAGCACAAAUGAUUUUGUCCUUUCAGGUUUUAACCUCCUGUCUGCAUAAGCCUGUGGAAGCAUUUUCCAGUAGAUUUGUGUAUACCUUCCACAGCACUGUACAAAUAUCCAUCGGCUAACUCUUAGCAGCUUACAUCACUAUAUCCAUGUCUGCAAAUGUGAUGCAGCAAACAAACUAAAUAUAGCUUGUUGAUUAUUGUCCUAUCAUGUGAACAUUCAGCAGCUGAUCUUCACCUGUUAAUAUUUUAUAUAAAAUAAACAAAACUGCAAUGAUGAAGGAGCGAGUUUUAAUGCACUGCCAACCUGGACGUUAAGCACCCCGUUACUUAAAGAUCAGACACAGAAAAAGGAUUUAAAGAAAACUGACCAUGAUGGGAAGUACUGUUUAAGGCACUUUACACCAUCAUGCCAAUGCUGAAUUUAAAUUAUUGUCGUCUUGAUGGGUUCAAACUAUUUUUUUUUUUGCCAUUUUAAUAUUUCCACCUGGAAUCACAACGACCCUGUGAAACAUUUUCUCCUGUGAUUAUGUAAUCUACAUUCUAUAUUAAUGCACUCAAUUUAAUUAAAAUGUUUUUUGUUUUUUUUUAUCUCGAAUUAAGAUAUAAUUUCUGUGAAACUGUGGUAAAAAUGUACCCUUUUCUCUUGUUCUCCAUUAUUGUAUUACUUUAUUUUAAGGACUGCAUUUUUUACAUAUCUUUUUCUGUUCUUGCACUUUCACAUAGGUUGUUAUUUUGGGUAAAAUGUCUCCAAAUUUUACUUUAGUUCUUUAUUUAACUUUAUCCUGUGGAUUCUUGGGUUUAAUGUAAGUCGUUUCUAAUCUGUAUUUUUCAGGUUUAAAUCCUAUUGUUUUAUCCCCUUGUUAGUUAAUAGUUCUCUUGGAAAAUUUUGGUUCAUGCAAUAAAUCCUAUUCAUAGGAAACUGU